AUGCUGGCUCUCAAAGGCGACUUGGGCGCCCUUCGCAGCAAUCCCACGAAGCGACCGAUUACGGUCACAGUUCUGGAUCUUCCGGCGGAGGUGCUCAGUCUCAUAGUUGAGGCUCUGUACUAUAGCAACGCAAAGCACGGCCGCGUGCGCUUCCUUGAACGGUUGACGGCCGCGACUCUGGCCAACGCCGGCACUGAAAGCCAUCGAUACCUCCAGCCAGCUCAAGAGGGUGUCCCUCGGCUAUCGCUGGCUGGUUUGCUCGAUGGGACAGUGCCAGAGGCGCUUAUCAGCCUGCAGGAGCUAGUGCUGGACACUGGCAGGGGUGAAGUUCGAUGGUAUCAUCCAACGCCACAAGCACCUCCUCUCCCUGCUAAGGGUCUGGCAUCGUUGAGAUUCCUCCGCCGUCUCGCCAUCAUCGGAGACUGGAAUCUGCCUCAGGUGUUUGAUCUUGAUCUACCAGCCCUUGAGUGCCUACGCAUUGCCUACGCACUGCAGCCCAGCGAUCCUCUGCACCCUGGAUUCAACGCUCUCGGUCCCUUGCGAGUUGCUACCACCAAUGACAAUUUCAAGAUCGACUUCGCAUCCCUACCCAGGCUUAGGUCUCUGCAUAUCGAAGGUAUUCGCAGGCAAAUUCCGAUCGAAAACAUCGUCGGCACCUCGCUGACAUCCCUGACGCUUCAUCGUCAUCCGAGGCCAAACUACCCGGACAAAGCCGUGCUGCAGCGCAGUCCUGGAGAUCUUGCCAAGCUAGCCAUUCUGGCACCGCAACUUCGCUGCCUACAGCUUGACAUCGGCAACAUCUCGAAGCUCUGGAAUUCCACCAGUGUUCCUGGAGUUGAUGUGGACGUGGAGCUGUACUCAUGGUUCGCCGCAUUGGCUGACCUGAAACAUCUUCGGACCCUUCGUCUCUUUCCUCCCUAUAAGUCGGCAAACGUCUUUACUGCGCAGGGUCCGCUCCAGAAGCAGCCACUGGACUCGGACAGCGAUGCAGUCGCAAUGUUCCUGCGCCUACGAGCCCAGAAUGCAAGUCUAAACACGCUAGUCAUCUCUCCUUCCGACCACGAGUUCCAUAUGCCUGCGAAUGUUGAGUACCACAGAAGACAUGACCACCUCAGGAGACGCAAUGACUUUCACGCCAUGGCUUGGGAAAUGUAUGCUUGGGGUGAGAGCACCAUCCUUACCACCAGACAGGCACGCAAACGAUACUGCCAACGACAAGUUUGGGUUGGCAACCGCCGACUGCGAUCUGAGAUUCUCCGAGAUAGCUAUGCUAUCUGUGAUAAUGUCAUGGCAGGCGGCGCGUUGGCGGAUGAUGAGGAGUGGACGCUCGAUCCUGUCAUGAACUUUUGA